AAGGUCGGAACCCUGGUGACCGACGAGCUGCUGCUUGAGUCCGGGCUGCUAGAUUACAACCCUGCAGUUCGUCCCAUCGAAUCCUCAAGGCCGAACUCUGAACUUGCCAUGGUUUGCGGAUUUGCAAGCAGCGUGAAGCGCAAGUCCAAGGGCCGAGCCCAUGCUCUUGAGGCCGCCCAGAGUUCGAAACCUACCACCCCUGCCGUGGCAGGGCCUGCCUCGGAAGAUCCAGCCCCAGUGAUCGAGCUGGAGUCUUCUGGGGGUCCCUCGAGGGAGAAGCGCCCCAGGGAUCAGACCGAGGCGGUGGACGCCCUGCCUUUGGGCGAGGAGGUGAGGGAGGAAGCCCCUCUGAAGCGAAGAAGGAAGAAAAAGAAGACGAUCUCCCCCUUGGAGGUCGGAGCUUGCAGGGUCUUGCCUGCAAGUUUCGCAGAUCGGGUGGACGAUCCUGCGGCCAGGAUGGGCGGGACGUCCGACGUGUCGGCACGGUUCAGAGUUGAGCCGUCAAGUUCCGGGGUGAGGGACCAGGUGUCCCGCAUCUCAGCUGCAAGUUUGGACCGCUGCCUAAGGAGGGCGUCCAAAUUUGUGAGCGACCCUGGGUCCGUUCUGCAGAGGACCAUCGACUACGCCGCCGAGGUAAGACUAGUGUCCCCAUUUUUGCUUAAUUUCGCCUAACGGGUAGCUCGGUCUAACUUUUUCCUUGUAUCGUUUCUCAGGCGUUUGUUGCUUCCAUUCAAUCGGCUCUGGCUGUAAAGGCCGAGCUGGAUGGGAGGGAAGUUCUGGCAGCGAGGGAGAAAGAGGA